AUGGGCAGCAUCCAGUCUCCUCACGCGCAUGUAGAGCGUCCGUCUCAGCGUCUCUUUUUGGUCACCUAUCCCCGCACCGCAUCCAAUUUGCUUUUGAAGAUACUCGCAAUCGAUGACCAGCCCAAUACUUUAUCUAAUGAUAUUGGAGGUUAUUAUUUUCGACCGGCCUUCUUGAAGUCCAGAAUGACAGGAAACACCUAUAGGCCGAUCGGAGACCUGAGAAGAGAGGAGGCCCAGGAUUUGCAACAUAUCUUUCAGGAAUGUUUUGAGAAGCUAGAGCAUGAUUCAAAUGCCGCUAUUGAGCAGGGGAAGCACUUCCUGGUCAAAGAGCACGCGCUCUGGCUUUUCAAUCCUGCUAAAAUCAGUGACGUGCUCGGCGAGCAGAAUACCCACCCGCAGUCGUUAUUCCGAGUUCAACAAAACUCCUCAUCGUCUACCUCGACUUGGUCUUCGAAGAAUCAGACUGUCCUUCCCGAUGAAGCUUUGCGGAAGUGGCGACUGGUAUUUUUGAUCAGACACCCAGCCCUGGCGUUUCCAUCUUAUUAUCGAGCUAUGCUGGAGCUUCACGAAGAGGGAUAUUUGCAUGAAUCGGAGUUCCAGCCCCAUUUACAGGCAAAUAUGACACUUCAAUGGACCCGGACGCUCUACGAUUGGUCCUGCGAGUUGUUUUCUGAGCCACUGAUGCUAGAUGCAGAUGAUGUCAUCUCGAAUCCGGCAGCCAUCGCCGAAUUUUGCGAGACUACUGGCCUAGAUUCGUCUCAGUUGAAGUUUGCUUGGAACUCUGCGCCCAAGGGUGGGGAAGCAAAAUCCUCAUCUGAGAGCGAGACUAAGAAGUCUCUGGGCGCGGUCAUGGAAAAGACAUUGCUGGAUUCUUCGGGGGUAUUGAAAGGAAAGAGUAGCGAUGGCAUUGACAUUGCAACUGAGUCUAUUAAGUGGAAGCGGGACUUUGGCCAGGAAAUGAGUGAGGCUCUGGAGCAAUCUGUCAAAGACGCGAUGUGUGAUUAUGAAUAUCUUAGGGCGAGGAAGUUAGACCGCAAGUCUACCUAA